UCAAUACCCAGUUUUUCAAAUUUCCAAAAAACAUUUUUUUUAAAUGAAAAAUGGUGUAAUAUUAACAUCUAAUUUCACUUUUUUCUGCUUUAGUAAGCAGGUAGUCAAGGUAAGUUAAACACUUUAAGAUAUAAACACUUCAAUUUUCCUUCAUUCUUUCUUUUGUGGGGUUUCUCUCUCUUCCCCCACUCUCUUUCUCUCUCUAAAACUGCCUGCUUCAGAUACUUAAUUUAGGAUCAACCCCUUUAAAGUUGUGUUAUUGUAUACCUAUUUGUCUGAACCCACCUUUUUCUUUUUAAUCUUAACAGUUUUUCUGGUGUUACCUCUUCAGUUAGAGUGGUGAGCAAUAUAUGUGUUUUUCUUUUUUUUAUUUUUUCUAAUAUUAUUUAAAUUAAAUUAAAUAAAUUCUUUGCCUUCUAAUAGUUAAUUAAGGAGGUGUAUGUGUAUGUGUAUGUGUCUCUCUAUAGUGUGUGUGUGUGUGUUUUUAGCUGAAUUCCACCCAAAACUGUCAGUUUCUACCCUUUUCAGUUUUCCCUCCUCUUCUUAUCCCUUUCUCUCUCCUCCAACUCUAUCUCUAAAAUUUCUUCUUGGGAAAUUCAACCAUUUCCCAUCUGGGUUUUCAUUUUUCUCAUCUGGUUUCUUGGAGGAAAUAGAAGAAAUGAUUGGUAAUGUGUUAUUAUAUGUGAAAGUUGAUAUAGUAGUAGUAGUACAACAACUAUUGCUAUUGAUGAUGAGGAGAGUGUCAUUUGAAGUGUAGAAGAAGCAAAGGUCAUUGUUAUAAUAAUAAAGUAUACUAUUAAUUACUAUAUUAAUUAAUUAAUUUCAUUUCAAAAUAGGUAUUAGGAAAAGAGCUAAUUAAUUUAGUUUAUUUUAAGGUUACUAUACUACUACAAUAACUAGCUAUGAAUACUAGCAACAAAACCCAAUUAAGUUCCAUUAGUAGUGCUAGUGAUCUUAUAGAUGCUAAACUUGAAGAACAUCAACUUUGUGGAUCAAAACAAUGUCCUGGAUGUGGCCAUAAGCUCGAAGGAUCGAAACCGGAUUGGGUAGGUCUACCAGCUGGUGUCAAAUUUGACCCAACAGAUCAAGAGUUGAUAGAACAUCUAGAAGCAAAAGUGGAAGGAAAAUCUUCUAAAUCUCAUCCGUUAAUUGAUGAAUUUAUCCCUACUAUUGAAGGUGAAGAUGGAAUUUGUUAUACUCAUCCUGAAAAACUCCCAGGAGUAACAAGAGAUGGAUUGAGCAGACAUUUCUUCCAUAGACCAUCGAAAGCUUAUACAACAGGAACAAGAAAAAGAAGGAAAAUCCAAACAGAAUGUGAUCUUCAAGGGGGUGAAACCCGAUGGCAUAAAACGGGUAAAACUCGACCAGUAAUGUUAAAUGGGAAGCAAAAGGGGUGUAAAAAGAUCCUAGUUCUUUACACAAACUUUGGUAAAAACCGAAAACCCGAAAAAACAAAUUGGGUCAUGCAUCAAUAUCAUUUAGGACAACAUGAAGAAGAAAAGGAAGGGGAAUUAGUAGUAUCUAAAAUCUUCUACCAAACACAACCUAGGCAAUGUACUUGGACGUCAGAGCGAACCGCCACCACCGGAGACGGUGGAAGUGAGCCGAGCGGUCGGAGGGAAAGUGGGAGUGGAAGUGGAAGUGGAAGUACAUCUUCUUCUAAAGAAGUUAUAACACAUCAUAAUAGAGAUGAUCAUCAUAUGUCUAUUUCAGCUGGUGUUAAUGUGGGUGCACUUUCUAGUUUUACUGCUUUGGAUAUGCAACAUUUUAGAGCUGCUGGUGAACAAUUUAGCUAUGUACCAUUUGGUAGAAAACCCUUUGAUGAGGUGGGAAUAAGAGAUGCUACAACAAUAGUAAGCCGGGAGACGGCAGCAUUGCCAUCUACAUGCGACGACCAUGAGCCGAGGCCGCAACAGCAUCAUCAUCAUCAUCAUCAUCAAUAUCAACAUCAACAUCAACAUCAUCAACAUAUCCAUCAUCCUCAUCCCAUGAAUGUUCCACAAGAUCAUCAUCAUCAUACACAGCAAGGCAUUGCAACGACGGCUGCCUUCCAUAUGAGUACACCAUCACAUCCCAUCUCUCAAAUAAUAUCUCCACCUCCUCUUCAUCAUGCCUCCAUAAUUUUGGAUGAUGAUUCAUUUCAACAUGUGUCUAGAAUCAUGCACCUUCAAAAUGAAAGUUUUCAUCAACAGCAUCAACAUGAGCAGCAGCAACAACAACAUGAUCAGACACAACAACAACAUCAUAAAAUAGUAGGAAGGUCUGCAGCUGGUUUGGAAGAAAUCAUCAUGGCCUGCACUUCUUCUGCUUCUGUUUCUGUUCCUUCUUCUGCUGGUGAAAUCAAGGAACAGGAGUCUUCUAUGACAAAUCCACCACCUUCAGAAGCAGAAUGGAUCAAGUUCUCUACAUUCUGGCAUGAUCCUGACCAUUCAGAUCAUCAUGGAUAAUUUCUAUGUUACUUGGACUCGGGUACUAAUGUCAGAUACUGGUACGUGUCCAAGCGUCGAAUACAUCUAAAUAUUCAAUUUUACGUCUAAAAUGAAGUGCUUAAGUGCCAUACCAAUAUCCGAGGAUCAAGGAUUGGACACGGGUACAUGAAGCAAGAUGAAGAGUCCGAGUAAAUAGGAUAGGAUGAUAUAAAAAACAUGGAAAGAAAAUGAAAAAAGAAAAUUAUUUACUAAAAAAAUUUUAUAUUAAGUUCUUUUGAAGCAGAAGACAUUUUUUUAUACAUACACAAAUAUACAGCCUUUGGUAUUUUUUUUUCACCCUUUCUUUUGUUGCUUAAUUUAUUUAAUUUCCUUUUUCAUGGGCAUCUCCAAUAGCAAAAUAACUAAACUAACUGAACUUACAACUGUUUGAUGUUGUAUAGUAAUAUGAAGAAGGAGAGAUAAGAGAAAAAGAAUGAAAAGAGAAACCUUAGCCUCCUUUUUCUCCUUCAACAAAGAAAAAGAAAGGAAAAGGCUGUUGGCUUACUGACAAAUUAGAAGAUGAACCAUCUAAGACCAUAAAGCAUAUCUGCCCCUCUUCAUCAAAAUCAUCACCAUUAUGAUUACAAAAUCAUCUUUUUCAAGGGGGCUUUUUUUUUUUUUUGAUUUAAAUUAUUUUAUUUUAUUUUAUUUUAUUUUUCUGUGGUUUGUUGUUGUAGACUUAUAGGAAUAUAAGUUUAUUUUCUUGAAGUAUAUUAUUUAUUUCUUUUGUUUAUCUAAAAAGAAAGAAAAAAGAAAAGAAAAGAAAAUUUGCCAGUAAUCUAGUUUGUGCAAAUUUAUUACAGGAGCAUUUGUUAAUUUGUGCUACUGUAUAGAUAAACUUCUGUAUUAUUAUUAGCAUAUAUAAUGUAAUGUAAAGUAAAUUGCUUGCAAUGGGUUUUUCCUUUAUAG